GAGAUACCUAGGUACCGAGUGGCUGAUAAGAUAAAGCUUUAGCUGAGGUACCUGGAUACUUCGCUCAAGUUCCCCGCCUCAUUGGAGUCGGUGAAGUGAAUUUUCCGACUUGGGGAGAUGUGGGGCUGAAUCUUUUAGAAUUUCUGAAUUUCGAGAUUUGUACCGCUCAACAAGGCAGAACCCAACCAACUUGACAGCUUUAUAUCACGGCGCAUACGGUCAGAUAUUACUGGGUCAUCUGUGUGCUGGCAAGAAAUAAAUCAACACAGCACCAAAAGCUCUCCUGAGCUAUAGAAGCAGGCAAAAUGGCGAUGAAUCUCGACCUCCAGAAUGCCGCUGUUAUGAAAGAUGAGCAGGGGCGGCCCUUUAUCGUUGUUCGAGAUCAAGGAAAGAAGAAGCGUCAGUAUGGAAACGAAGCCGUAAAAAACCAUAUCCUCGCCGCCCGAACUGUUGCGAACAUCGUCAAGACAUCCUUAGGUCCCCGAGGUCUCGACAAGAUCCUAAUUUCGCCCGAUGGAGAUAUCACGGUUACCAACGACGGUGCUACUAUCCUGCAACAAAUGGAAAUCUCCAACCACGUAGCGAAGUUACUCGUCGAGCUUUCGAAAUCCCAAGAUGACGAGAUUGGUGAUGGUACAACAGGUGUCGUUGUUCUGGCCGGAGCUCUCUUAGAGCAAGCCGCCGAGCUCAUAGACAAGGGAAUCCAUCCCAUCCGAAUAGCAGAUGGUUACGACCAGGCCUGUGAUAUCGCCGUGGAGGAGUUGGAUCGGAUAUCAGAUACCAUCGAGUUCAGCCGGGAAAACACAGAGAACCUCGUCAAGGUAGCCCGAACCAGUUUAGGCAGCAAGAUCGUAUCCAAGGCACACGAUCAAUUCUCCCAUAUCGCCGUGGACGCCGUUUUAUCUGUUGCUGAUCUGGAACGAAAAGACGUCGAUUUCGAGUUGAUCAAGGUAGAUGGUAAGGUCGGUGGCGCACUAGAAGACAGUAUUCUAGUCAAGGGUGUCAUUGUCGACAAGGACUUUUCCCACCCACAAAUGCCAUCAGAAGUUCGAGAUGCCAAAAUCGCUAUCCUCACAUGUGCAUUCGAGCCACCCAAGCCCAAAACCAAGCAUAAGUUGGAAAUCACAUCAGUCGAGGAGUUCAAGAAGCUACAAAACUACGAGCGCGAGAAGUUUAUCGAGAUGAUCCAGCAAAUCAAGGACACUGGUGCUAACUUGGCUAUUUGCCAAUGGGGUUUUGAUGACGAGGCGAACCACUUGUUAUUACAGAACGAGUUACCCGCAGUACGAUGGGUGGGAGGACCGGAGAUCGAACUUAUUGCUAUUGCCACCAAUGGUAGAAUAGUACCCCGAUUCGAGGAUCUGAAGGCGGAGAAACUUGGCACAGCUGGUAUAGUACGAGAGAUGACUUUUGGUACUACGAGGGAGAAGAUGCUUGUCAUCGAGGAAUGCGCUAACACUAGAGCUGUGACGGUGUUUGUUCGAGGAAGCAACAAGAUGAUCAUUGAUGAAGCCCGACGAUCACUCCAUGAUGCUCUAUGCGUGGUCCGUAACCUAGUGCGAGACAACCGCGUCGUAUACGGUGGCGGUGCCGCUGAGAUCGCCUGCUCGCUGGCUGUCGAAGACGCUGCAGUGAAGACACCCGGUCUAGAGCAAUACGCCAUGCGUGCGUUCGCCGAGGCCCUCGACGCAGUCCCCAUGGCUUUAGCCGAGAACAGCGGUCUAAACCCCAUCGCUACACUCGCCGAGGUCAAGUCGCAACAAGUCAAGGCUGGUGCGGCCGAUCGCGGUAAACUUGGUGUUGACUGCAUGAACCGUGGCAGUAACGACAUGAAGCAAGCCUUCGUCAUCGACCCUCUAAUCGGCAAGCGCCAGCAACUGAUGUUGGCUACCCAACUGUGCCGUAUGGUGCUUAAGGUCAACAAUGUUAUUGUUAGCGGAACUGGGGAUCAGGACUUUUAGAUAGGUCAGGUUACUUGAUGUGACAGGGAGUUUAAUCGGUUCGUGCCUACCGUAUCGUUGACGAAUCUGUCAUAAAAGAAGGUCUCGUUGCGGAUGUAGAUAGGUAGUGCUAGAUGAAUGACAGAAUGGGUGGAUGGACUUGUAAGGUCAUCAAAAGAAAAAAAUCAAGAUACCUCAUAUUAGACUGUUCGGACAAGAAAAAAGUGUCGCCAGGAACAUUAUGCGUCUACUAGAAAUAUCCAAAUUUCUAUAUGCCAAAUCGUGAAU